AUGAGUUGCAAUGAUGAUUCUCCAGGCUGGAGAAGGAAACGUCAUAGACCAGAAGGUGAAGAGACAAGUUUAGACACUAGAAAUAGUGAAAAUAUAGAAAUAUUAAUACAAGACUCAAAUAAUUUAUCUUCUAUAGAAUCUGUAGAUGAUACAGUAUAUCAAUUUUUUGCUUCCGAAAGUAGAAGUAAUAUAUAUUUUGAGAAACCUGAAAAUGUGAAUAACUACAACGUUUUGGCAAUACCUGAUGACCAAACUAAUAAUGAAACACAAUAUGAGAAUAUUAUAAGUGAGGUAAAAUCUUUAUAUCAUGAUGAAACAGGCAUACUAUGUAAUAAGCUAGGGCCUUCAAAUGAUUCUUUAAUAUUAUCAAAUAAUAGAGAAAAUGAUGAAAAUAUAACUAAAACAUCCUAUGUAUCAAGUAUUAGCAUAAGAAAAAAUUUUAUUGAAUCUCAAAAAUAUUUUAUUUUUGAAGGUUUUAGUUAUUCUAGUUUAGAAGAUAAUGAGCAAUUAGUAGAAAGCACUAAGCAUAGCUUAAACUCAAGUUAUCUUCAGUAUCACCAGUAUAGAAGAUCAGUUGGUUUAGACAAGUUUACUCAUGUUGACAAUAAUGGAAAAAGAUGUAUUUUACAAGAAGUAGAAGCUGAAGCAUUACAGCUUCCACCUAUACCUGGGAUCUAUUUUGAUAAAAGGCAAAUAGGAUACAGAGUUAGAUAUCAUAACACUUACGUUGGGUGGGUAGCUCUAAGUAGGCAUAACUCUAUUAAAGAAGCAUAUGAAUACGCAAAACAAUUGUGGACAAAGGCUAGGACAAAAGGGAAUGAAGAUCAACAUAAUUUUAUUUCUCAAAGGAGAAUAAGUAAUAGAAACCAAAAUAGAAGAAAUUCAUGUGAAAAUGAUGAUCCUAAUAUUUUAUAUGAUAAUAAAAUGCCAUAUUUAUGUGAAGAUAAUAUGUUAUUAAAAACAAGUACAAAUGAUGAACUAAUAGGGGAUAGUAUUGAAUAUUCAUUUAGUGGGAAAAAGUCUAUUUAUAAUAAAAGUAAGCCUAAAAAUAAAAAUUUAGAUCGAAACUUAGCUAUUAAAUAUAAUACUGAGGCUGAAGAUCAAUUAGAAAUGUUUUAUGAAGGAUGGCAAUUUAGAGACAAACAGCUUAAAGCAGUAAAUUUAAGCAAUUACAGUGCACUACUUGCCUUGAGCAAGUUUUACAAGUUUACUCAGGAAUACAUGAUAAGAUGGCCAUCUGUAGAUGGACAUUAUACUAUUAAAUGGGCAUCAACACAAGAAUUAGGCUUAAGUAUUUUUAAUGGAGAGCCAGUCUAUAACUUUAAGAAAAAAAAAGAUAGUUAUUUUAAUGAAGAAAUGUUAAUAGGUACGAAUUACAAUAAUUUUAUAAAUAAUUUACAAAAUCAAAAUGAAGAUGACUUAGAUUAUAUAUGGUGA